AUGAAAAUGGUUUCAGGUGAAGUUUCCAAAACUAAAGAUACUAUAUUAUCAAUAGUUGGUGAAAUUGGUGACCAAGGUAAUGAAGGUAACAACGAGAUAACCAACGAUGUUUACUAUGAACUGCCACCUCCACCAGAUUUUGUACAAGAGCAAAUCCAAGAAGAACCAGGAAAAACAAAUUUUGAGCAAGCAGAAUGGGUAGAUCCUAACAGCAACUAUUAUGCAUCUGCACAUACUGAAGGUGUUCAAGAUACCUAUGAAGAUGUUGAAUAUUUUUCAAGCUAUUCCAAAAUGUCCAUCCACCAUGAAAUGGUAUUUGAUAAAAGAAGAACAGCAGUAUAUUUUCAUGCAAUUUCAAAAAGUAAAGAUUUUUUUAAAGAUAAAGUUGUUUUAGAUGUUGGAUGUGGUACUGGUAUUCUUAGUUGUUUUUGUGCAAAAGCUGGUGCCAAGAGGGUUUAUGCAGUCGAUGCUUCCGAUAUGGCAUAUAAUGCUGAAUUGGUAGUCGAAAGAAAUGGUUUAGGAGAUAUUGUCAAGGUAAUGAAGGGUAAAUUAGAACAUAUAGCAUUCCCAGAAUAUGUUGAUAUUAUAGUUAGCGAAUGGAUCGGUAGUUUUCUAAUUUUUGAAUCAAUGUUGGAGUCUGUUAUCUAUGCUCGUGAUCAUUUAUUAAAGCCUGGUGGUGUCCUAUUUCCUUCAAAAGCAGCAUUAUAUUUUGGACCAGUUAAUGUUGAAUCAUACUAUGAAAAACAUAUUAAUCAAUGGGAAAAUGUUUUUGGUUUGGAUAUGUCAUGUUUAGUACCAAUGGCUAGGGAAGAAUUAUUAGAAAAUAAAACAAUUAGAAACUAUUAUAUUGAAAACUCAACUGCAGUAUUAGAUAAACCAAUUACAUUAAGAGUAUUAGAUUUGAAUAAAAUCACAAUUAAGGACCUUAGCAAGACAGUAUCGAAUUUCGAUUUUAAGAUACCAAAUGGAAAGUUUCAUGGAUUUGCAGCAUGGUUUUCAAUAUGGUUCGAAAAUUUAGAUAAUAAUUUGGCUGAUAGACCAUCAACAUUAGAAAAAGAUGAUUUCAUCUACUACGUAAUCAACAAAGAGGGUGAAUUGGUUGCCAAAGAUUAUAAACAUGACCAAAUGGAUAAAGGAUUAACCCCUAAAUUCUUUGAAUUAAAAUCAAAUACAUUAGAACUCUCAACAGCUCCAGGUGAUGGCGAUACUCACUGGAAACAAGUUUUGUUUUUGCAUCCUGUCGAAAAACACAUCAACAAUCAAGAUGAAAAGACAUCCAUUUCAGGUACCAUCCGUGUUUGUCAAAACUAUCAUUAUAGAAGGCAUUGGUUUGUUGAGUUAUCAGUCUCAUGUAAAACUAAACCAACACAUCAUUAUUAUGAAAAAUAUUUAAUUUAA